AUGUCUGUGGAGUCGCCGCCGUCCGAAACACACCACCAGCCAAGCGAUCGUGAUGCACAAUCUCAGCCGGAACAUCGCUUGGCUCCCGCCAGCGCGGGCGAUGCGCGCGCAAACUCAGCACCUGGCGUAGACAUCGUCGCCUUUCCCGCCGUUUCUGACCUACCUUGCGUCACAGGUGUCACGGCACUACCCUCGAGUACAAACCCGAGCCCGAGUCACUUUCGCUCCCGCACUAUCGCCCCGUCACCACCUGUGUCAAGUCGCGCGAGCCGUCCUCAGUCACCAUCUACCGCCGCUCAGGAUUUUCUUGGCGAUUUGAACCACCUUACCCGCUCUCCCGAUUCCCUAUCUCACGCGCCAGAGACGCCUUUCCACCUCCAUACCGAGUCUGCGCACCCAGCCUACGGCCACACCACGCCCGGCCGACCAAUAAGACGGUCCGGCCUCUCCCUCCGGAACUCCUCGUCGGCACAGUCUCUCCGGCCGAUAUCGAGAACACCAAGCCUGAAAACCGGAUUGUACGGUCCGUUUGGUUCUACCUCCGCUGCGAGCUCGGUUGUUGCGAGCCCUGUCAUAUCUGCCAUGGGCGAUCUCACCCCGCUUCCAUCGCCUCUCCUAGCGAGUGACUCGCCCGGCCCGUGGAAAAAGCUGAACCGGCGCCCGUCGCGUGAGGACGCUAUGUCGCCGCCAACCUCCGUACCACUCGAGUCGGAUGGCUGUGAGCUACCCUCAAAGCCUACGAAGAAAGGAUAUAGCGGGGUCGCAUCGUUUCCAACGCCAGUAAACCAGGACAGCGCCGCGCGCCAGGAAGGCCGACUCGCCCAGCCCCCGGCCACUCACACAAGAAACCGGAGCAUCAGCGAGUAUAUACCGGAUCCCAUGUUGAUACCUAAGCGUAUGUCAACAAUGUCUGGUACACGUGCCAAGCCCGACCUCAAGACCACAACGGAUGGGCAACUGCGUCGCGAGCCCCACCUCUCCGAAGCGCGGGGUCUGACGCCCAUUGAAAAGCCACCGACACCACCGCCAAGCGAGUCUUCUCUGAGCGCUGCUGACUUGCCCUUGGCUACCGCUUUGGCGGCUACCACAAGGAGUAAUAAACAACCAAGCAGUGCCACCUACUUCAUAGCGUAUGGCCGGGACGACCAAAAGCGCCGGCGUUGGCGCAUGGUACGGCCUCUCGGUCAAGGCACCUUCAGUCAAGUCUACUUAGCAACAAGCCAAGCUUCAUCCUCAUCAUCCGACGAUGAAGACGGUGGGCAAACCGCUGGGACCCAAAACUCGAACCAAUCUUUGACCCGCCCACGGCGGUCUCUUGUGGCGGUAAAGGUCUGUGAGCAAGGCCCCCGGGGAGGCGCAUCCGAAGAACGCAUCGAGAUGAGCCUGAAGCGGGAACUCGAGCUCAUGCAGUCUGUACGACACCCAUCAAUUGUGCAGCUGAAGGCUUGGAGCAUCGAGCCAACACGGGCCAUCCUUGUGUUGGGUUACUAUCCUGGUGGUGAUCUUUUCGAGGUGGCAAGCCGCCAUCGGGCGCUUCUUACUCCAUCCCUUAUCCGUCGAAUGUUCUCCGAGCUCGUCGGUGCGGUCAGGUAUCUGCACGCCCAGAACAUUGUUCAUCGGGACAUUAAACUCGAGAACGUACUUGUUAACCUACCUCCUUCGGAGCUCGCCCCUUCCAACGACUGGACCACUUACCCUUAUUCUGUCACAACACUCACCGACCUCGGCCUGUCGCGCCGCGUCGCCCCCGAUGAGAAGCUCGAGACACGCUGCGGCUCUGACGAUUACGCCGCCCCCGAGGUCAUCAUUGGCCAACCAUACGACGGGCGUGCUACCGACGCCUGGUCGCUUGGCGUCCUCCUAUACGCCCUCCUCGAGUCCCGUCUCCCGUUCGACCCGCCCCCAUCGGGCCCUCAGGGCGUUGACCACGCCACGCAGAUGCGCAUGCGGAGCCGCACGAGCCAUCGCAUCGCGCGCGUUGAAUGGCGCUGGUUUUUGUUCGGCGCAGGCGAAGGGGAGGAUGGUGAUGGAGAUCAUGAGGCAGAAAUCAAGAAGUUUGAGGAGAAGGGGCUGGUCGGCGCCAUGGAGGUUGUCGAGGGGUUGCUUAAACGAGCGAGGAGUCGUUGGCCCCUCAACCAGGUCGCUGAGACGGAGUGGGUCGGCAAGGCUGUUAAUGUAGAGGGCGGCAUUCGGUUCAUGGAAGAGGAAGAGGGUGAGGAGAUUUAA